AUGACAGAAUACAUUUUUAUUUUAAGCUCAUUUAUUGCAUUGGGGUGCUUAGGCGUAUCAUUAAAGCCUUCACCUAUUUAUGGGGGACUAUGUCUAAUUAUUAGUGGGUGUUCUGGUUGUUUAGCGGUGCUAGGGUUUGGUGGAUCGUUUUUAGGUGUAAUGGUGUUUUUAAUUUAUUUAGGAGGGAUGCUAGUUGUUUUUGGGUAUACAACUGCUAUAGCUACAGAAGAGUUUCCUGAGACUUGAAUGUCAAGUUGAUUGGUAUUUGGUAUUUUAGUAAUAAGUGUUUUUAUGGAGGUUGGUAUAGUUUAUGCUUCUGAUCAUUAUAGUUUAGAGGAUUCUGUGGUGGUAUAUAGUACUGAUAUGGGUGGUUGAGUGGUUUAUGAUAGUGAUGAGUUGGGGCUAAUAGGAGAGGGUGGUGCUGGGGUAGCUGCUUUGUAUAGUUGUUCUGCAUGGUUAAUGGUGGUAUCUGGGUGAACUUUAUUGAUAGGUGUAUUAAUUAUUAUUGAGGUGGUUCGUAUAAAUUAG